ACUAUGUUCUUAUUUACAUAAUUAAAGAUAAAGAUAACUUAUUAAACUGGGGGUGGGACCUGAAGAUAACAGAGAAGCAAUCAGGCAACUGCUUGUAGUUUUUCUGAUUUAUGCAUGACUUCUUCAAGAGAAGGAAACAAUUCCAGCCAAAAGCAAUAACGAUGAAUGAGAAAUCUCACCCUCAAAAUUCCAACGGUCUUCUCCACUUAUUCCCCAAAGGCAUCCGAUCCAUCAUCAUUUUUUUCUUCUAGAAAAAUUCAAGAAGCCUCCAUCACCCAGCCGAUCCAAGCCAUUUCUUUAUUCCUCCAACGAACCAAAACCCCCAUCUAAUCUCAUCUCGCAAAACCCUCUCCUUUAGCCUGGGCGAUUCCAAACCCUCUGGUAUCAACCAAGAACCUAUCCUUCCCUUCUCUCCUACACCUCCUCCCAUUCCUCCCUCCCUACUACAUACAUUCCCCCUCCCAUGGCGGCGGCUCCUGAGACCCCUUUCCAACUCCCCCGAGGAAUACAAUGGAUGCCACCCCGGAGAGGCUCCUCCUCCUCCACGGCGAUCUGGACCUCCACAUCCGCGAGGCCCGCGACCUCCCCAACAUGGACAUGUUCACCGAGCGCAUCCGCCGCUGCCUCGGCGCCUGCGGCCUCUCCCUCCCCACCCGCCGCCGCACCGAUCGCGAAGAAGAGUUCAGGACGGGCAAGAAGACGAGUCCCCACUUCCCCCUCCAACCCAAACCCAAGGCCAUCACCAGCGACCCCUACGUCAAAGUCAUCCUCGCCAGAGACACCCUCGCCCGCACCCGCGUGAUCCCCAACUCCCUGGAACCCCACUGGAACGAGCACUUCAAGCUAUUCCUCGCGCACCGCGCCGGCCACAUCGAGUUCGAGGUCAAGGACAGCGACGUCUUCGGCGCCCAGCUCAUCGGCACCGCCACCGUCCCCGCCGACCGCAUCGCCUCCGGCCAACUGAUCGACGAUUGGUUCCCGGUGAUCGCCCCCUCCGGGCGGCCGCCGAGGCCGGCUUCGGCACUCCGCGUCUCGAUGAGUUUCACGCCCGUGGAGAAGAAUCCGGCGUACCGGAACGGCAUCCCGGGGGAUCCCGAGAAGAGAGGGGUCCGGGACACGUACUUCCCCUUGAGGAAGGGAGGGAUGCUGACGCUUUACCAGGAUGCCCAUGUCCGGCAAGGGGACCUCCCGUACGACAUCGAAUUGGAGGGUGGGGCGGUGUUUCGGCAUAACAAGUGCUGGGAGGAUAUAUGCGAAGCGAUACUGGAGGCGCACCAUUUGAUUUACAUAGCGGGGUGGUCCAUCUACCACAAGGUGAAGCUGGUGAGGGAACGGUCGCUGAGGAUCCCGGCCAUGGCCGAGGCGCUCACAUUGGGGGAGCUGCUCAAGUACAAGUCGGAGGAGGGGGUUCGGGUGUGCUUGUUGGUGUGGGAUGAUAGGACUUCCCACGACAAGCUCUUCUUCAAGACGGGAGGGGUUAUGCAAACUCAUGAUGAAGAAACCCGAAAGUUUUUCAAGCAUUCGUCUGUCAUUUGUGUCCUGUCACCUCGUUAUGCUAGCCAUAAGCUUAGCAUGGUUAAGCAACAGGUCGUGGGAACCCUCUUUACUCACCAUCAAAAAUGUUUACUAGUUGAUACAGAGGCUUCUCGAACUACAAGAAAAAUUACUGCAUUCGUUGGAGGUCUUGAUCUUUGUGAUGGUCGCUAUGAUACACCAGAACAUAGACUUUUUCGUGAUCUCGACACUGUAUUUCUCAAUGAUUUUCAUAAUCCCACCAUUCCUGGACAAACUAAAGGCCCAAGACAACCAUGGCAUGAUCUACACUGCAAAAUCGAUGGGCCUGCUGCCUAUGAUGUCCUUGAGAAUUUUGAGCAGCGCUGGAAGAAAGCAUCAAGAUUUUGGGUGCUUGGACAGAAAUUUAAGGGAGUAACUCACUGGCAUGACGACGCCUUAAUAAAGAUAGAUCGUAUCUCAUGGAUACUUAGUCCUUCAUGUAGUGAUCCUUAUGGCGAUCCCAAUUUGUGGGUUUCUGAGGAAAAAGAUUCUGAAAACUGGCACAUUCAGAUUUUCCGAUCUAUUGACUCUGGAUCGGUGAAAGGGUUCCCCAGAUCUGUGCAUGAAGCUGAGGCUCAGAAUCUUGUUUGUGGAAAGAAUCUGGUAAUUGACAAGAGCAUCCACACAGCAUAUGUAAAGGCCAUCAGAUCUGCGCAACACUUCAUAUAUAUUGAGAAUCAGUAUUUUAUAGGUUCUUCUUAUGGUUGGCCAUCUUAUCAAAAUGCAGAGGCUGAUAAUCUGAUUCCGAUGGAGUUGGCACUGAAAAUUGUUAACAAAAUUAGUGUUGGAGAGCGGUUUGCUGUGUACAUUGUCAUACCAUUAUGGCCCGAAGGAGAUCCAAAAUCUCAAGCUGUGCAAGAGAUUCUCUUUUGGCAGAGUCAGACAAUAAAAAUGAUGUAUGGAAUUAUCGGAGGAAAGCUCAAAUCCAUGGGAAUUCAGAAUGUACAUCCGCAAGAUUACCUAAAUUUCUACUGUCUUGGAAACCGAGAACUGUUGCCAGAGGGUGCCAUUCAAUCAACAAAUCAACCUUUGGAAAAAACUGCAGUGGUCUUGUCCCAAAAGUACCAGAGAUUUAUGAUAUAUGUUCAUGCAAAGGGGAUGAUAGUCGAUGAUGAGUAUGUUAUUUUGGGGUCAGCUAAUAUUAAUCAAAGAUCUCUUGAUGGUUCAAGAGACACUGAGAUAGCAAUGGGUGCAUACCAACCCCAUUAUGCAUGGUCUGAGACAACAGGUUAUCCGCAUGGCCAGAUAUACGGAUACAGGAUGUCACUGUGGGCAGAGCAUCUUGGUAUGGUGGAUCCAUGCUUUAAGUUGCCCCACAGUUUGGAUUGUGUAAAAUUUGUGAAUGGAAUAGCUGUUCAGAACUGGGCAAAAUACACAGCGGAGGACCUAAUUCCACUGCAAGGACACCUAAUCAGGUACCCAAUUAUGGUCGAUGCUGAUGGUACGGUCACAACGCUGCCUGAGAAAGACAGCUUUCCUGAUGUUGGUGGUAAGAUAUUAGGCGAGCCUACUCCACUUCCUGACCAGUUAACCAUGUAAUAUCUCUAAUUCCAUUUAUUUGUUUAAGGGACAGCUAUAAUUAGCAGUUUGCACGAUUGGAAGUUUGGAACUAAUUAUCAUUGUAUUUCUCCUGUUACAUAAGUGUAUAUGUAUGUCUCUGUGUGUCUCAAGUGUUUUCUCUUUGUAUAUUGUGUAAAUUAGAGAUGAAAUUAUGAAGUGGGACCUGUAAAAUGGACUGCAAGUUAGCUCCCAUGGGAAACUUGCACUCAAUAAUAUUUGUAUAUUUCAUCAAGAAGCGCAGCAUUGAGAUUGAUUUCCGAUGAUGAUAUUAUUUUUCAGGUUGUAUGACUAAUGAUUCUUUUGGACUAUAUAGUGCUCAAUGCUGGUUGUUAGGAAAAGCAGACCGGCAAAACCUGGCCAUGGAAGGGAAUAUGCUGUUGCUAGCAGC